GAAACACAAUAUGUAAGUUCGCCUCUUUCAAGUUAAAGAUCGAGUGGGAUACAAGUAUAUUCAUUUCAAUUUUCUUUCCAUUUCAUCCAGCAAACAUGACAAUUCCGAUUACGAAUAUUCCUAUGGAUGAGUCCACCGCUCGAAGCGACGAGAAAGAAGCAAAUGGCACCAGUCAACCCUUCACAAACGAGAAAGGCGUCGAUGGACCACUCCUCUUAGCAUUACUGAUGGGAAACGUCAAUAACAACGAACGGGCUAAGGCUCAAUCCGCCUCGGAUGCCAUUUCUGAUACCUUGAAUCCUAACUAUUGUGCUCUCGAGUUGAGCUCCACUGGAAAUAACGAUGAAGAAGGAAUUGAUAACGAUCCAUCCCCUAUCGACGGCGAGGAUGGACCACUUCUCCUGGCACUGGGUCCCAAGAAGACCCCUACAAAAGCAUUCAGCGCUGUUCCUGACACACUGCAUCCCAGGAAUGUCACCUUGGAAUUGAAGCCUGCAUUGGUCGACAAUGAAGUAGAUGUCGAUGAGUCAUCUGUCGAGAUUGGCAGUGACGGGCCACUUCUAUUCGCACUCUUAUUAAAUAAUCAGAACAACAACAAUAACCCUAAUCAUCCAGCUAACAACGCAAAUGAUCCAGUUUCGGAUACUUUGGAUCCCAAGAGUGUCACCUUGGAAUUGAAGCCUGCAUUGGUCGACAAUGAAGUAGAUAUCGAUGAGCCAUCUGCCGAGAUUGGUAGUGAUGGACCACUUCUAUUCGCACUCAUGUUACAUAAUCAAAACAACAACAACGUAGUCCCAAAUAAACCACCUAACAACAACAACAACAACGAAAAUAAUCCAGCUUCGGAUACUUUGGAUCCCAGAGGCUUUACUCUUGAGUUAAAAACUCCUGUGGACACCCCUCAAGACAUUAGUGCGAACGAUACUGAUCAAUUCAUCAGCGAGGGUGAUGGUCCCCUCCUUUUAACGAUGCUGCUUGCAAAUCAGAACCAGAACAAUGGCAACGCGGUUAACAAAGCUGCGGAGAAAGCGAUUGCCGAUACCUUGGAUCCCAGUGAUACUAUCACCGAAGCUAUCUCAGACGUUUUGGAAAUGAAGACUCGACUGCUUGAGUUGAAAUCUGAUACUAUCACCGAGGCUAUCCCAGACGUUUUGGAGAUGAAGACUCAACUGCUCGAGUUACACUCGCCUGGAAAUUACGACGCUAAUAGCAUCCCCGUCAUUCUGAAGGCGAACUCUCAAGCUCAAAAGGCUCAGAUACUAGCAAUGAUUCAACGUCGUUCAAUUUCAGUAUCCAUAGCUUCAAAUGAUACUAAAGGGAAUUACGCAAACCUAACACUUGACAGAGCGCAAGUCAGCGCUGCCAAUUUGCAAUCCGCGUCCAGCGUUGCUCUUAACGAGGCCCAAAAUGGUAAAUUGAGCGACGAGCAACUGCAGUUUUGGAGAGAAAAUGGAUAUCUCGUCAUUCCAGACAUACUAUCAGACAGCCAAAAAAACCACUUGCUUAAGACUGUGCAUGAAGCGGCACAAGUACUUGCUGGCGGUGGCGAGAGGGUACAAAAACAUUCCUAUCUCCCGGGACAGGAAUCCUACGUGAGUCCUGUGGGCCGAGCGAUCGCCACAUUGAGUGAACAUGGCUUCAAUCCCAACGUCGAACCCCUAAAACGUAUUCAGCGUAUCGGCUGCGGUAUCCACCGCGUCAUGCCCCCCUUCCGAAAAGCCAUCCUCAGUCCCUUCCACUCCACACUCGCCAAGUCCCUCGGCUACAAAGAGCCACGUAUAUACCAAAGUCUGAUCAUCGUGAAAGCCGCCGAGGUCGGCGCUCGCGUGGUUGCUCACCAAGAUGGCUGUUCGGGAUUCACAAAUCCAUCGAGUUGUACGACUUUCUGGUAUGCGCUUGAGGAUUGCUCGACAGAGAAUGGAUGUUUGGCGGUCGCGCCGGGUAGUCAUCGUGUACAACCCAUCACGAGACGUUGCAUAAAAAACGCAACUGGACAGCCGGUAUUUACUGAUUUGGAAGAGCCGAUUUAUGCGAACAUUGAGGGGGUGGAUGAUUCGACUCUGCCAAAGAAGAAUGAGAAGGGAGAGUUUGAAUAUAAGAAGUUGGAGGUGAAAGCAGGAACUUUGAUAUUGAUGCAUGGUAAUUUGAUGCAUAGAAGUGAAGCGAAUAAAAGUAGUAAGAGUCGUGUUGCGUUUAACUUUGGGGUUGUGGAGGGUGAACACGGGUGGCUAGAAGAUAAUUAUCUUCAGCCUUAUGAAGGAACAACGGAGUUUGAGAAAUUGUAAAGCAGUUGCAUGAAUUCAAUCUUAUGUUUUGUCCUUUGUAUGAAAGCUGAUAGCA